GGUAAACUGCAACAAAACAGAAAAAAACACGAAGAAGAAGAAGAUGAAGACGAAACCAAACUUCCGCUACGACAACAAGCUCGCAACUAGCUAACGAAGGAUAAAAAGCGUGUGGUUUCUUCUGUUCAGCAAAGACACAGUGUCCAAGACCGUGCGACUUGACCUGCAAAACGAAGCUCAGUGGACUAGACGUUCCCACCAGGAAAGUGUUACUGUCCAUGGAGCACCGUUCGAGUUCAUUUAAGUGACAUCGUUUUGUUUUUUAACUUUUUUCCAGUGUUGAAUUGACAUCGAAAUAUUGCACCAGUCCUCCUGCUUCAGUCCCCACUAAACAGUGCAUGGUUUGCUGAAAACCGGUUUCUGAUUGGCCUACGGGCAACCAUGGCCCACAACCAAUAUGACCCAUUUUCGACCCUAAGAAGGCAGACUGAGAGAGACCCCCAUCCGUCGUUCUCUGGUGAAAGACUUGGCCUCAGCUCCUAUGGGGGUCUUUCGCAAGUUUCUGACAGCGAUGAGAUUUCCACGUUGGUUCACAGUUACCGGGAAAGAGCCAACACCAGUCAAGACAUUUAUUCUUCAAAGGAAAACGAUUGCGGGCAGGACUUCCUCUCCUCGGGUGUGACAGCAAGAUCCUCCCAAAAGAUCAACAGACACUCUGACGAAGGCGAUAGCUCCGUCAGUCGCUUGUUUGACUACGGCCGAACCUCCUCCACCGCCGCCACUUCUUCUCACUAUUCUCAACCAUCAAUAUCAGGAGGACGUUCUUUGCUUGCUAGUGAGGAGGAUCACAACGUCUCCUCCAUUCCACGCCUACCUGACGGCAAGCCUGACACGGACCAAUCAUCUGAGCCCUCUCAACCCAUAUACACGGCCGAGUUAGCCGCCGACAUCCUUUUGAAAUUUGGACUUGGACACGAAGACUUAGAACAUCUUUUUUCCUACCCAGAAGACCAGGUCACCCCUGAGACUUUGCCCUUCAUCUUGCAAGAAAUUCGCAUUAAGAAGAACAGAAGGGUCUCUAAUCCCAAUUGCUCCAAACCUUUGCGUGAACCACCCCCCGACCGAGCCCAUGCUAGUGGGGACAGUUGGAGAAGUCCUGGCCUGGCACAAAAGGACACACCAUCUCCUCUUCGCCAGUCAAGUAAAGUCAUCGACUAUAGACAAGUUAACAAAUAUGCUAGCAGGAUGGAGGAGGAUGUUCAGGGCAUAGCAAAAAGAGUUGAAGGUGACAAUUUGCUGACAGUAGACGACUUGGACAGAAGUUGCAGUCAAGACCUGGUGCAGCAGGUGGGAAGAAGUGCAAAUUCUUCCUUGAAUCAACAGACGAGUUCCAGCUCUUUAUUCAGCUCUAUCCUGACAUCCGCCUCUCCCAAAAGUCACAAUCCAGUCAAACCAGCGGCAGCUAUUGUAAAGUCCGUUUCCCCAUAUUUCUCUUUACCGAAAAAGGAACCAGAUCUUCGAAACAUCAAAUCUCAUACCCCGAAAUCCAGUGAUUCUAAACAAGUACAGCCUCUGCUUAAAUCAUUAUUAAAGCCACAACCACAAGCCCCGAAACCAAUUCGACGUAGCGUCCAUCCCAGCAGACCUCAUCUCGUGGUGCUUGGAGGAGAUGAUAUGAGCAGCAGCUGUGACCUGAUUUCAAAUAUAGCUCCAGCUAGUGACAAUAAGUCCAAAACUCCGCAGAUGCCUUCACAAUGGCAGAAUAUCAAGGAAGAGCAGCCACAAAAGGAGGUGUACAAACAGAAACUACUGGAGGUCAAGAAGACGCAGCAGCCGCCGAGCAAGAAGACGCCCCAGGUGUCGAUCUCGGCCAACAAGCAGCACUUGCCAGCGAACCUGCAAUUUGUUCCGAUGGAGAGUCAGCAGUUUCACCCCGUACCGAAAACAUUCCCCAUUCCUAGCAUCUUGAGCGUGAGUCCAGAUCCGUUGUGCAGCCCAGGUCUAAGUUCCGGCGUUGCACAGGACCUGAAACCGGCACAGGAGACGGUCCUUCCGGGUUUUUCCACAGCUGUCCUGAUGCGGGACUACUCUGCAGCCACGGCAAAGGUCUUUCCACACUCGUGUUCUUUGUGUCACAAAGAGUGUGUCCAUUUGAAGUCUGUGUCGAAGCAAACUGACUCGGAGGCUGUGGCCAAAACUCUAGCCCCCGCUGUGUCCGUAGAACUAGCCAAGAUAAAUCCAACUUCUUCCGAAGCAAGACCUGCUGAACCAUCCACAGCCGCCUCUGCAGCCAAUGAAAAGCCUGUGGUGGGCAAAACAACGUCUGACCAGCAGAAAUUGUCCUCUGCAAAGACCGAGUCAGUCAAAACCUCAGGCCCAACCAUAGUGACCCUGAAAGGAAUCCUCAGUUCUAUCACUUACGAAGACAUUUUGACUGCUGUUGAGGUGUACGGAAAAAUCGAAUCCGUUGUCCUGUUUCACCAGAAAUCGCAGGCAAUUGUGUGUUUUGAGGGAAAGGAAGACGCAGACAAACUGCGGAAGGAAAGACACAUCAAAAUUAAAGGUUUCCUUGUCUCUGUUCAGGAAGAAAAAGAGGAUGUCCCCAGUGUACAAAAGCACAAUCCUCAGAGGAAUCCCCUUUCGCUGACCAAAGUCUCUAAGAUGCAAACAUCAAAAAGUGCCUCUGGUGCACCUGCUACUCAGACUAAAGCGGAGACUAUCCCAAGCAAGCUGAAAAAAAAGAAGGCCGAGUUCAAGCGUGUAGAUCUGGUACCCACCAGUGGUUCUGAUGCGACGCUUCAGACGAAUUCGAUGCCCUCGUGUACCUCUAAAGCAGAGAAUCCUCCCACAUGCGUCACUGACACAUCCGUAAAGACGAAAACUGCACCUUCACAAAAUUCUAGGGCAAGGUUGGCGAAGGACGGAGUACUCCCAAAAAGCUCCGACGUUCCUCCGAAGGCUGUUGUUGCGGCCUUUGAUGGAGCCGUGACAAAUGAUCUGUUGGAAAACUGUUGCGCCGAUGCAACGAUGGAGGAGGAUGAAUCUCCAUCUCCAUACAACUCUGAUUUGAUGCUCACCCUCGGAGAGAGGACAUGUGAAUUUCUGCUUCCACAUCAAAUUGCGGUAGUCGGUUCCCUCACCAACUUCCGUAUAUUAAAGAAAAUGCGGAGGCAGUUGGUAUUCUCCAACCUGCCUGUUGAGCAGGACAGCUACUGUGUCGAAGACAUUAUCCAGUUAGUCAAGCCGUUUGGCUUCGAUUCCUUGGCUGACAAGAUGUAUGUUCUUCCUCAAUCAAGGAUGGCAUUUGUCGAGCUGACACAUGAGAAUGGAGUGGUUGCUGCAAUGGAUGCCUGGAAAACCAAAAAACCAACUCUGAAAGACACGGAGUUGGUAGUGUGUGUUCUGAGAGACAAAGUCCCCAUGAAAAUGAGAGGCUUCUACCAAUGGGUGAUGAAUUGGGCGAAUUUUCCAGUGGAGGAGAAAUGCUCAAAAACCAUCAUCAUCAUUGGCAUCACAUUGAGCGAGACGGCCAUUCUCCGUGAAGCUUUGCGAAAGAUGGACGGUGUCAAAAAUUUUCUGUCGCUUCACAACAAGGUCAUUGUAAAAUUUGAUUCUGACAUUUAUGCUGAUCGCAUCGGAGUUUGGUACGUCCUUCACGAUCAAUGUCCGUCCUAUAGAAUAUACAGGUUGGACAACCCUCGGAUAUGUGACGCAUCACAAACGUUUCCUCCCGAAGCCAUGCCUGAUUUGGCAUUUGCCGGGGCAACCGUUGAGACAUGUCCAUUUGGCGUCCCUGAAUUGACCUUGUCCCCAUUUUACCUGACAAUGAGGACAAGUCCCUAUCUUUUCUUCACUAUUUCCCCGUGGUUCAUCAUCCCCGAGUUCCUGACCGUCAAGAAUGAAGACGACAUCAAAGAGGCCAUGCGGCGUGGUGCUUCGCCGACAGUCAUGUUGACAAAUUUGCCAGAAGAUUCAUUCAAACACGAAGAUGUAGCCAAGCUUGCGUGGCCAUAUUUUUCUCAGAGGGACCUUCGGUCUCUGUACUACAAUGUAAUUGUGCUGCCGCUCCAGAGAAGGGCCUUUGUGCAUUUUAGUGAUUGGGAUGCGUGCUGCCGCUUCGUCCGCUGUCUUUUGGGCAAUCCUAACUUUAGGUUGAAGGGCUACAGGGUUGUGCCGCACUUUGUUCUGCAGCCCAUGUGUGCUCAAAACAGCGAGGAAAACAUGUACAAGUCGAUGAUGCGGCUCAGCAACGCUCGUAUUGGUGAGGUGGAGUCCCUGGCCGAGCGCCUACUUUGCGUCGAGUUCACCAUGUCCCGCAAAGCCAGCAUUAAAUGUGUUCUACAUUGGAUAUCCAUGCAUGCAAAGAUUGUCAACUUCCUCCCAUUGGCCAACCGGAUAUGCAUAGAGAUGGCAGACUCGGUGGGAGUUGUGUGCGUGCUGGAGGAAUCCAAACGUUUUUCAGUCAAUUUUAAGAAAUCGAGCAGCGAAUGGAAGGCAAUUCAAAGGUUUGAGAGUAUUGAAAGCCUGAACCGGCGCCUUCAGGAUCCAACUGUGAUUACCUGGGAUCUCGGGGAGGGCAAUAAGGGCAGGAGCCUUGAGCCCGUCCCACCGGCUGCGGGUGAACCAACGGUGGGCCCUGUGCCUACCGGCGCUCCAUCAGUUUACUCCGAACAACCCACUAAGGGGCUUGUGUCAGAGUCACAGAAGGUAGAAAUGGUGGCUGAAGAGGACUGUCCGAAAUCUGAAAGUUGUCAGUCUGUUCAUGAUUCUGAGUUGACACUCACCAAAGGAGAGAUGAUGUGCAAAUUUCUGCUUCCACACAAGAUCGCGGUACUUGGACUCACCGACCUAAAAAAAAACAUCUUAAAGGGAAAGCGGAGGCAGUUGUUAAUCUUCAACCUGCCCGUUGAGCACGACAGCUACUGCAUCGAAGACAUUAUCCAGUUAGUUAAGCCGUUUGGCUUUGAUUUGUUCGCUGAUAAGAUCUAUGUUCUUCCUCAAUCAAGGAUGGCAUUUGUUGAGCUGACGACAGAGAAGGGAGUGGUUGCUGCCAUGGAUGCCUGGAAAACCAAUAAGCCAACUCUCAAAGACCAGAAGUUGGAAGCGUGUGUCCUGAGUGCAGAAGUUCCCAUGUGGCCGAGAGGCUUCUAUCAUUGGGUGAUGAGGCAGAUGCAUUUACCUGUGGAAGAGAGAUGCCCCAGAACCAUCUUAAUCAAAGGCAUCACACUAAGUGAGACGGCGAGUCUCCGUAAAGCUUUGCGGAAGAUUGGCGUUGUCAACAAUUUUCUGCCGCUCCACAACAAGGUCUUUGUAGAAUUUGAGUCUGAAAUAUCUGCGGAUCGCAUAGGAAUUUGGUACACCCUUCACGAUCAAUGUCCUGCCUAUAGCAUAUACCGGCUGAACAUCCCUCGAGGUGUUUCAGACAUACCACAAACGUUUCCUCCUGAAGCCAUGCCUGAUUUGGCAUUUGCCGGGGCAACCGUUGAGACGUGUCCAUUUGGCAUCCCUGAAUUGACCUUGUCCCCAUUUUACCUGACAAUGAGGACAAGUCCCUAUCUUUUCUUCACUUUUUCCCCGUGGUUUAUAAUCCCCGAGUUCCUGACCGUCAAAAAAGAAGGUGACAUCAAUGAGGCCAGGCGGCUUGGUGUGUCCCCAACAAUCAUGUUGACCAAUUUGCCCGAAGAUUCAUUCAAACACGAAGAUGUAGCCAAUCUUGCGUGGCCGUAUUUUUCUCAGAAAGACCUUCGAUCUCUGUACUACAAUGUGAUUGUGCUGCCGCUCCAGAGGAGGGCCUUUGUGUAUUUUAGUGAUUGGGAUGCAUCCUGCCGCUUCGUCCGCCGUCACUUGGGUUGUGAAUUUAAGGUGAGGCGCAACAGGCUCGCGCUACACUUUGUCCUGCAGCCCAUGUGUGCUCCAAACAGUGAGGAGAACAUGUACAAGUCGAUGAUGCAGCUAAGCAACUCUCGCAUUAGUGAGAUGGAGUCCCUGGCCGAGCGCCUACUUUGUGUAGAGAUCACCAGGUCCCGAAAUGAAAACAUAAGACUACUUCUGCCUUUGAUCUCCAGACGUGCCGAGGUCAUCAACUUCCUCCCAUUGGCCAACCGGAUAUGCAUCGAGAUGGCCAACUCAGCGGGAGUUGCGCGCGUCCUGGAGGAAUCUAAAUAUUUUUCAAUGAAGAUUCCGAAAUACCAGCAGCUCGAAUGGAAGGACAUUCAAAGGUUUGAGAGCAUUCAAAGCCUGAACUGGCGUCUUCAGGAUCCAACUUUGAAUACAACACUACUGAAACGUUUUGACGCAUUGGUGGAAAACAACAAUGUUGAUCUUUGUGACCAGCAACCCUUUGACAUUGGUGACUUUGCCACAAUCAAUGAAUUUGGUGACCAAGAGGACAGCAGUGGUGAAGCCCCCUCUCAUUCCAAGAGACCUCCACCUGAUUCUAUACAGAACAAAACAAGAGCCUCAAACGAGUCUAAUAACUCUAAAUCAUCAUCUCCAGCUUCCUCAAGGACCACCAGAAGCUCAUCAAGAAUGAGCCUCUCUUCAGGGAAUGUGUCUUCACCUGUUAGAGAGUGCACCAGAGCGCAAAUUCAAGCUAAAAAAUCAAAGGAUAUAUUCCAGGGAUCUCCAACACAGCAGACUACCACUACUUGCGAAGAAGAGAAUUUGGUGAUAGUGCUGGGUGAUGACCACAGACCUCCUUCAGACGAGAAACUUGAUGUAUCGAAAGAUAGCCCCACUGAGCUUCAAGAAGUUUAUAAGCAGGGAAACAUUAGUCAAGUUGAAAAUGCCGACAAAGAGCAGAUUGCAACAGUUGACGUACCAACACUUGAAGAGCAAAAUGAGAGCCAAAGAAUAAAGGAGAUGACUAAAAUGAUUUCAGAAUCCCACUCAGCAAUCGAGGACGUGGUUGAGGAUAAACCUUCGGCCGACCUUGACAGUCAAUUCAAAGAGGCCGAAGAAGACACGACUUUCUCGCAACAUAAAGACGAAGAAGCAGAAACAUACCAAGAGAUUGAUUCUGUGGAGGAUCAGCCAGCUUCCACUGGCAAUGAGCAGAAGGUCUCAGAAGUAUCUAAGAGUCAGGAGUGUAAAGAAUCUCCAAAGAAGCAGGAGCGAACCACUGCCAAAACUCCUGAGCAUGAGACGUGCCUUGUGGUCGAUUGUGUACAAGCUAACGAUUCUAAUAACACUCCUAUGUCUGGUAGGAGGCGGAGUACCCGGGUAAGGACACAAGAGCACACUGCCAAAAUAUUUGUCCAGGACUCUAUGGAAGACGAUGCAUGCAUCACCACGAGGGCUACCAGAAAAAGAGGAAGGCCACCUAAGAAAGACACAGGUAGUGAAGAAGAAACUGUUUUGACAAUAUCACCUGAAACUGCUAAGAAACAAGCGCCAAUCGCUAAGAUGGAGGUUGUUGUCAUAGAGGAACCCACCACAGAGGUCCUGAACCAAAUUAAGGUUUCAGCGCCAAAAAGAAAAGGAAGAAAGGGAAGCGCUAAGAAAGAUGUGAAAAAGAUUAAAAGAGAAAUAAAGGACACAGCUGAUGAUGAAGAAGCAGCAGCAGCAUUUGAGGACCUGGACUCUUUGAAGGACAAGACAUCUACUGGGAAGAUGCAGAGCAGUCUAAAAAAGGAAGAUGUCAUCAACAAGAUGUCUCCCGUAAGGCAAGAGGUUGAGGAGGAAGGGAAAAACCAAGUUGUUGAUUCUUUGGCGGAAGAUCAAACUCCAGAUGAGACAAGUGCCACAGAAGCUUCUGGGUCAGGAAAGACUGGGGAACCACAAACUGAAAUGGGAGACAAAGCAACAAGAUGUGGAAACAAAUUAGAGUUUGACAUCAGAGAGCCUUCCCAAACAGACGCCAAGACGCAACAACACUCCCCUCAAACCCUACCACACGUCAGGAAAGACGACACAUCGCCUGUGACAAGCGCUCUGACACUAGACCAGGUGGGACAUAUUGAAGAGGACAUCUUGACAUGGGGCAUCGAUAAGAAAAGCUUAACAGAUCAUGUGACGCUGGACCAGAUGGGACACUUUGAAGAAGACCUCUUGAGAUGCGGCAUCGAGACGGAGCACCAACCGUAUCAUGUGGGGAUCUCGACCAGCGAAGACCAGAAAAAGGCAGAAGAAGAAGCCUCACAUAAUGCUCGUCUGAAGGAUGACGAAAACGAGGAAUCUUCACAACAAAAACUGGACCAACGGAUGGAAGAGCUUGUUUCACCGGCAGUUAAACGACCACGUUCAGAGUCUCCGUUUUGCCCCACUGCUUUUGUACUUCCGCCCUAUAAUCCUGACCACCCCCUUGGUACAGAGUUCGUCUGCCUAGAAUCGGGUUUUUUCUGCGAUCUCUGUUCCGUCUUUUACUUGAAAGAGAGUACGGCCAAAGAGGUGCACUGCAGAAGCAGGAAGCACUACAACAAUUUGAAGAAACACUACAGCAUGUGUGAAAAGGAUUCAAGUGCGUCCACUCAUCUCUAAGAUGACACCAAUGACUCAAAUAUUUCUUUUGUACAAAAAAAAUGAAGACUUAAAGUAUGUGUGAUAUUUUUUAUAUAAUGCAAAAAAAGUUCACAAUCAGUUAUGUUUUCUGUGUAUACACCAGGAUCUCAUUAAAUUUGGAAUUCAGAUGGAUUAUGGUUUAUUAAAUAGUUACAGCAAAUAACAUCUUUGGAAUUAACCAUGUAAGUACCCUCUAAAUCUCAAAAUAACUAUCUAAAAACAUGUAUUAUACACCAUGUUAAAAUAGAUAUUUGUUCCCUUUGGUAACACCGAUCACACCAUAGGUCUUCUUACAGCUGACAUUUAUUACCGUAA